GUACGUCAUUUUUGGCGCCGGAAGGAGAAUUGUAAACAGUGCGGGGGGCGGGGUUUAUUGCUUUUUGAGCAUUAUCACAAUCAUCGUUGUUUGAAGAAUUGCAAAAAUUCUUGUAAAAGCAAAAAAAUAAACAGUGGAACUGUAUUGGAUCGAUAACACAAACACAGUUGACUUUAAAUUUCCAGGUGGUUGCAUCAAUUACGCGAGAAUAAAGCAUCAAUCGUGCGGAUCGCAGAGAGUUUGACUGACUGGUCGUCCAUCCAGUGAGCAUGGAGGGAGGAGAGGACCAGACCAACUCCAGCUCAGCCAAUAAUAACGCUGCACCAGGAGGAAACCCCCGCCCCUCUCAGAUAGCUCAAAUGUCUCUGUAUGAAAGGCAAGCUGUGCAGGCUCUGCAGGCACUACAGAGGCAGCCCAAUGCAGCUCAGUACUUUCAGCAGCUCAUGCUACAACAGCAGAUCAACAGCGCUCAACUCCACAACCUGGCUGCUGUGCAACAGGCAACUCUUGCGGCCAGUCGUCAGUCUAGCUCUCCCAGUAACAGUGUCUCUCAAGCCACAAGCUCAGCACAAUGCACAGUCAACUUAAGUACCACCUCUGGGGGAGGAACCAUGACAAACCCUCGUCCAAUGGGACCUGCCACCUCUGCAACAACAUCAGCCCUUAGCCAAUCAGUGUUACUGGGUGGAAACUCGGGUGGACAGGGUCAGAUGUACCUGAGAGUAAACCGCUCUCUCAGGGCACCUCUCACCCCUCAGCUCAUUUUCAUGCCUGGUGGUACAGCAACAGCUGCUGUGGCAACGGUUGCCCAACAGCAGCCCCAGCAGCAACCUCAGCCGCAGCAACAGGAAACAACUCCCACAUCCUCAAGUAACCAGUCAGAUAACGAUCAGGUACAGAACUUAGCAAUGCGUUGCAUAUCCUCUCCAAGGGUAGCUGCAGUGAAGACCGAGCUUGUAGACAGAAAGGAGACGGGCGGUUCAUUCCCAAUUAACCAGCAGACUCAGGCACAACAGCAAUUUGGACAGUCAGCCCAGCAGAUCCAACCCCAGACUCAACAACUCCCCAACACUAAACUCCAAAACUACAAUAACACCAACCCCAGCAUGUCUGCCCUUAAUGUGAAGGUCACUAACCAAUCCACUGUCACAACACAGCAAACUGGAGCCUCCUCCAACCCUCCUUCCUCCUCCUCUCUCCCUCUCUCCCAGCUCCUCCUCUCUCAGUCUGGCUUGUGCCAGGCUCGAGGAGUACAAGCAACUGCAGCCACAGUUACCCAUAUUUUGGUGCCCACCUCUAAUGUUCCCACUUCUCAAGGGUAUCCGAUGGGCACAGUGGCAACCAAAUCCAACAUGAAUGCCCAGACAUUAGUAGUACAGCCUCUCCAGCAGACAGGAACCAAUCUGAGCACAGAGAAACUGGGUCAUGCAACAGGGCACGUGCCCAUCCAACCUAAAAUGGCACAGGGCCAUCGGCUGCCAGUGCAGAUGCCCCCUCGCCACCCUCCUCCCAUUCUACCAGCACCUCCCAACAACUGCCAGGGCAUGGGGGGCCAUCACCCUCCCCAUGUCCCAGUUCAGCUUGUUGGGGCAAGGCAGAGCACAAUAGGAAAUUCCCAGGUUUUAGCAUUGGCCCAAACCCGGACCUGUUGCACCCAGCAGGACACCACAGCUACUGUGGCCAUCAAUACCACCAGUAACAAUGUAGUGACAAUGGUGACUGCAAUGGAAACGAUUGGAGCUGGCAUGUGCCUCAAAACAGCCCCAAGUGCCCUGCCGGUGUCUCAGAUGCAGACCAAUCAGAGCACAGGAUUAAAUCAAGUUAAUCCUGCUGCAGUCACACACUCAUUGGAUGGACAUAACUCUGGAGCACCUUUAAGUGGAGAGGUGUUUGUUCAGUCUGGAAUUCAGAUAAAGCCUGUGAUUGGUCCUUUAAAAAGAAAAUCUGAAUCUGAUGCAACUCUUGAGAUUUCAGCAGAGACCAUCAAUGAAAUUCCAUCACUGCAAGACUCCGCCCCUCCCCUCUCACCAGCUCCCUCACUAGACACAGUCCCAGAGAUGGCAUUCUCCACUCCUCCUACUCUCUCUCUUUCUCUCCCUCUUCCUCUCCCUCGUGGAGGAGGACAAGGUGAUCGAGCCCCAGUCCCACAGGCUGUGGUCAAACCUCAAGUUCUGACUCACCUCAUUGAAGGCUUUGUUAUCCAGGAGGGAGCUGAACCUUUCCCUGUGACCGGUCCAGUGAAAGAACGAGCUGAGGGCAUUCUUCCCGUGGCUGUUCCACCCAUCCUAAAACCAGUGCACAACAACCCUAACAAGUUAAAGUGUGAAUACUGUCUAAGAUUAGCACCAGCCACCCAGUUCAGACGAUCCAAACGCUUCUGUUCCAAAACCUGUGCCAAGAGGUACAAUGUCAGCUGCAGUCACCACUACCGCAUUAGUAGGGGUCUUGAUUGUGUAGAACGACCACCAGGGGGUUCUGAGGUGCAGGAUGUUAUUGCUAGACGCAGGGGUCCUCGCAGGAGCAGCUCUGAGAUCGCCUGUGCUAAAAUAGCAGGCAGGCAUCUGCCUGUAAAGUGUCGCUCUGAGUCCAGUCGUUCUGACGACAUCUCCAGCUGUGAGGGUGAGGAAGAGGAAGACUUCUUGUCACUUUCGCCCAGCUCGUCCUUCUCAUGCUCAAGACCAGCUCACUGUGGGCCUCAGUUGGAUGAUACUGCACCAGGUGCCCUCCAAGUGGAUGGGAACCACUUCCUGUCUGGCAACCCGGCUCACUGGAGUGUGGAGGAAGUGUGUCAGUUUAUUUCUUCACUCCAAGGUUGUGAGGACCUGGCAGGCCAGUUCCUGUCUCAGGAGAUUGAUGGGCAAGCUCUGCUGCUACUGAAGGAAGAGCACCUCAUGUCCACCAUGAACAUCAAACUUGGCCCUGCCCUCAAAAUCUGUGCAUCUAUCAACAGCCUGAGGGACUGAACAAGGGAAGAAGACAGAAGAAUAGUAGGAUUAGAGCUUUAUACUUCCAUCACCAGCCUGAAAACUGAAGGAAAAGAAACAAAUGGGAAUGAAAGGACAGACUUGAUGACUGACCUAGGAGAUUAAUCAAAGCUAGGAGAGGAAGAGCAAGAGUAAGUUCUAAAUUGUUGUUAGCCAGAGAGACUGAAGGGAGAAACAAUUAAUGCCUUAUUAAAAUCUAGAUGAUUCAUAAUUCAUUCAAUUUAGUAUUCUUUAGAUUUGACUUAAUAGUCUUACUUUGAAUCAUAAUGUUGAAUGUUGCUAGAUUACAGUUGGCUAGUUCGUCCUGUUUUCAAACACAUUUACUGGGGCUACGAGAAAGAUCUUAAAGCGGAGCAUAAAGAGGGAGUAAAAAAAAAUUAAAAACACUAAUUUAAUCAGGAUGUGGUUAAUAUAAACACAAUACGACAUACCUGGAGUUUGAAUGUGCUACAUAUUUUAUAUUUGUAACAUGGAUGGACAUGUUUAAUGAAUAUGUGAGGGAAUCACUGCAAGAUUUGAAGAGGUGACAUCGGGCUAAAGGGAUAAUUCACCAAAAAUUUUAAUUCUCUCAUUUCCUUCAUGCCAUCCCAGAUAUGGAUGACUUACUUUCUUCUGCAGAACACAAAUUAAUAUUUUUAAAGGAUAUCUCAGCUCUGUUGGUCCAUUUAAUGCAAGUGAAUAGGUACCAAUAUUUUGAAGCCCCAAAUGCACAUAAAGGCAGCAGAAAAGUAAUUCAUAUGACUUGAAUGGUUAAAUCAAUGUCUUCAGAAGGGAUAUGAUAAACCCACACCUAUCAUAUCGCUUCUGAUGAUAUAGAUUUAACCUCUGGAGUCUUAUGGAUUGCUUUUAUGCUGCCUUAAUGUGCAUUUUGGAGCUUCAAAUUGGAGCGCCCAUUCACUUGCAUUGUAUAGACCAACAGAGCUGAGCUAUUCUUCUAAAAAUCUUUGUUUUGCAGAAGAAAGAAGGUCAUACACAUCUGGGAUGGCAUGAGGGUGAGAAAAUGAUGAGAGAAUUUUCAUUUUUGGGUGAACUAUCCCUUUAAUGUGUAGUCUGUAUGUGUUAUAUAUCUGUCAGUUACCUAUAUGUUAAACAUUUGUAAUCAAAGUGUCAUGUAUGAAGAGAUUAAGAACAAUAAUCAUUGUUACUCUUGUAGUGCUUUUGACUCUUAGAGUCAAAGAAUAUGUUGCCUUUCUUAAUAUGACAGUACUGUUGACUGUAAUGGGCAUGACUCGUUGCCUCUGACAGGUGCCUCUUUCUCUAGGGCUUCCCCUUUGCUUACCCAAACAGAGACAACAGAGCAUUUAUGUGUGCUCUACUGUACUGGGAGGACAGAAUAUUUCAGAAAAACUUUAUUAUGUCUGUGUGAUCAGCAUGUGAUUUAAGGAUUGUAGGCUCUCUUCAAUGUACCUUGUAGACAGUUAACACAAUAGAUUCUCAUACACUAAAAUAUUCUAGAUGAUGCUGAUGCAGUGAUUAUGGAAACAUAAAUUAUACCACUGUGGUUAUUUCUGUAAGGUCCAGAGACUGUGAGAGAUGGAAAAACCUUAGCUUUAGUUUUCCUGUGAAAUCAUCUCACUAGACAGUGUUACUGAAUGGCAGUAGUUUUUUUUUUUUUUUGGAUCAAACUCAAGACGGUUCUGUUUGAGAGUGAUCAGAUCUGAACUAAUCCUAGAACAACAGAAUUCUUUUUUUCUACAGAAGAUUAUUUGAAGAACUUUUUUUUUUAAAUUUGUAUUAAAAAGUAGCAUCAUUAUUUUGUGGUACAGUUUACCAGCUUCAAGUUAUAGAUGAGUAUUAGUAGCUUUAACUCAGAGCUUUGCAGCACCUGAGAGCAGGUAUGAUAAGAUUGUGUGUGAGUGUGUAAGAGAGUGAGAGAGUGACUAAGAAAGUGCUGAUGCUUAUUUUGUUUGUAUGCAUAAAUAUGAAUAAAGCUGCUUUGACAUUGACAUCCAGUCUAUGUUAAGUCUUUAUUUAAUUGU